AUGAUAUCAGACUAUCUCAUCUAUUUAGGUCUUAUUGCUGGUUAUGGAGGUGGUAUUGUUGCAGGUACAGGACUCUAUAUCCAUGAGAUUUUUCCUGAGAUAACUAUACAUGACAAAUAAGUAAUUUUUAAUAAACGUCAUUAGUUUUAGAGGUUUGUCAGUCUAGCUAUUAUUUCUGCUUCUAUCAUGGCAUUUUUCUCAGGUUAAAUUGCAAAUAAACUAGGAAGGAAAAUGUCUAUAAUCAUUGCAGAUAUGUUCUUUGUGAUUGGAAAUUUGACCAUAGCCUUAGCCCCCACAAUUAACUUCUUGAUCAUCGGUAGAUUCAUUGUUGGGUUUGGAUUAGGACUAGGUACUACUAUUUCAUUGGUGUAUGUGGCUGAAUGUAGUCCCAAUAAACUCAGGGGCACAAUGCUGUCCUUCUCUGUACUAUGUGUAUUUGCAGGGAAUAUGCUUUCAUAUACAUCAUGUAUUUUACUUGGUUUUGAUCAUUUCUUGAUCUUUACCUUUAUCUUAAUACCUACAAUUGCACAGCUGAUACUUAUUACAUUUUUCCAAAGCGAUACCCCAAUAUUUUAUGUCAUGAUGAACAAGAAGGAUCUUGCAGAAAAAGCCAUAAAAACCUACUAUAACAAUAGUAAAGAAGGUCAAGAGGAAAGUCAAAUUUAAAUGUAUAAGGAACUUUUCUCUGAAUAUAAGUGGAAUCUAUUCGUUGGAUUAAUGCUCAAUAUACUCCAGCAAUUAAGUGGUGUGUCCUUGAUUAAUUACUAUGGACCUAAAAUCCUAAAGGAUGCAGGAUUUGCUAGUAAUACUCGUGAGGGUUUGAUGUGCAGUAUGAUAUUCCUCAUGGCAUUUAAUUUUACUGUUGCAAAGUGGCUCAGUCUAAAUCAUCUAAGGGGAACUGCAAAUUCUCUGACAGGCACCUCUAACUGGUUAGGAAACUAUUCACUUGCUGGUAUAUUCUUACAAAUCACUCAAACUUAAACUGGAAAAAUUUUUACUUACUCGCUAUUGGCAUUCAAUUGUAUGGUUAUGUUUUUCUUUGUAUGGAGAUUUGUACCAGAGACUAAAGAUAAGUCUAUAGAUGAGUGUGUAAAACUUAUUCAUCAUUCGUGGAAAUCAAAGGCAAUUAGAGAUAAAAUAAACUAAAAAGAAGGGGGCUUAUUAGAUAAUUAAGAUCACAUUUAACUUAUUUAAACUUAUGAUUAAGAGAAGCUAUUGAAUGAAAACCUUGAAAUCAAUGAAGUAAACUCUGGGAAUAGACACUCUGAUAGUAAAAAAGUUUGA